CAUUACAUGUAACGCGGCCACUGAACGUAUCCGCCCGUGAGAUUAAAAUCGAAACGCGAGCGCGCCGUCGUUACGUUCCAUUUAUGAAUUUGCCGAUCAGAUCGAUUAUGCGUUCCUUUUUUGUACAUUCGCGGAUUCCAAAUAUAAACAUUAUUCUUAAUUCUAAUUCAUGGUGACAGUGACUUUUGAAUGUGAAACUUUUUUACAAUACCAAAGAUUUAUAUAUUUUUUUUAUCUGUGAUAAUUAAAACAACAUAUUAAAAUGGCGGAUUGUAGCAUCUGCAAUGGAUGUUACUCGAGGAGGCGUGAAUUAAUAUUACCUAGUUAUGGUUUUUCCAAAAAGCUGUUGGUAGCUACGUGUAUACUAGCAAUAAUAAUGUGCCUGACGGAAUCCGAGGCCGCUCCAACAGCGCACAAGAAACACAAAAAGUCUCAGUCUCAAGGCAUAACGAAACUAACCAAAGAACAAACGCCCGAACAUGAGACUGAAUUCCAUGCGAGGCACAGGAGGCGACAUCAGAGGCAUCAGACGAAAACCAAAGAUCCACUGCAUAAGAUUUACGUGUCGAAAAUGGAUAAUAUUGUUCGUAAAUUAGGGGAAACGUUAGAAAACUUCAAUAAGAAUUGGCGCAACGUAAACGAGUCCAGCAUGUACAGAGACAACAAGAGGAAGUUUAAACUGCCAUCUACAAACUACACUGAAAUCUUAUUCGACAUUAGAAACCAGGACAAAUCUAAUUCAACAUUAGUAGAACGCAAAUUCAAAUAUCUACUGCCGAAGCUGUAUCAAUCAUUGACGAGUUACCACGAGAUAUUCGAAUUCUUGUUGAGGAUAGAAACGACAGCAGUCGACGUAGACUUCAGCAGAUACUUGGACAGACGAAACAAAUCUUUCAACGAAAUCGUCGAUAAAAUAUAUAGCAUUAAGGAAGAGAUCAGGAUCUAUUUGGAAAACGUCAGUAUACCUAUACCAGUGAACGAUAACACAGUGUAUUUAGAAAACUUUAAAACUAAAGCGAAUGAAGGAGAAUGCUUCAAAUACGACGGUACUGUAUUGAAAAGUUAUUCCAAUUUUCUGAAUAGAUGGUUUUGUAUUAUAACAAAUUCGAAAAACAUAUCUCCUAAACAAAACAGAAGGUGCUUAAAAUUCCAAAAGAAUCUGAAAAAUAAAAGGAGACAACACAGGAAACAGAAAAUUAGAAAACGUACAACAAGGAUGCUAUUAGAACGACGCAAUAUUUAGAUGCUCUAUUAGUUUGUCAUUUUUUGUACUUAUUUAUUGGCUAGGCUCUCUUAGUACAUGAAAUGUUAGUGAGUUGUUAUUUCUAAAUACAUGACGAUACGAUAUUUCGUUUAAUAAGUAUUGGGUACAUUUUCUGUGAUAUUUAGUAAUUUUAAUGGAUAAUCUUUAAUUUAUUGAUUAGCUUCUAAGUCUUUAUAAGUUCCUUAAACAUUUCCACGUCAUCUCUCUGUUUGUGGUUUUGACGUAAAGUUUUUUUGUAAAGUUUCUUAAUUUAUUUAAACUCUAACUUAUAAACUUAUGCAUUCUGUAACUUGUUGUGAAUCUUGACAUAUGUUUUUAAAAAACAUUUGUUUAGUACUUAUACGUGUGCUAUUAUUUUCUUACUGUAUAGUAUUAUUAGUAGGCAUAUUAAUAUGCCGUUGUAGCCAAGAAAGACUUUUAGCAUAUUAAUUUAUGUACCUUAUAUUUAAGCGUGUAAAUUCGGGAUUACUGGAAAUACUGCAAACAUAGUUUUUAAAUAUAAAAUUUAUAUUCCUUAUAUUUUUUAUAAUUUGUGCUUUCUAAACUUUUUAUAUGUAUCGCUAUUACAAUUUUACUAUCUGUAUUGUUUUCAUAAUUUUUUAUUACUUAAUUUUUGAUUACGAAUCUCCAUUUUGUGUUUGCAGUGAAUUCUGAUACCCGUGUUUCUAUGAAUUGUGCCGUUAGUUUUAGAAUAUGUUCGUAAUAAACAAUGAACUGAUACCAUGUUAAUAUUACCGAACAAUAUUGUAUAGGUACUAUGUGAAUAUUUACAUAUUUUUGUAAUGCCAAUUUUAUUUUUCUCAACAAAUAUGUGACAAGUUUUGUUCAGAAAAUAAAAUACAAUUCUGCCAUUUA